AUGGCAUCCCCUUUCUUCUUCGUAGGAAAGAAGGAUGGGAGCCUUAGGCCUUGCCAAGAUUAUCGAUACUUGAAUGAAGGAACGAUCAAGAAUGCCUACCCACUUCCUCUGAUCACAGAACUCCUCGACAAACUCAAGGGAGCACGCUAUUUUACAAAAAUGGACCUUCGAUCUGGAUAUAACAAUGUAUGGAUCAAAGAUGGCGAUCAGUGGAAAGCAGCGUUCAAGACAAAUCGAGGACUAUACGAACCAACAGUGAUGUUUUUCGGACUUUGCAACUCCCCGGCGACGUUUCAGAAAAUGAUGAACGAAAUCUUUAAAGACCUGAUCAAUGAAGGGUGGAUGAUCAUCUACAUGGACGACAUCCUUAUCUUCUUGAAUGACAUGGAAGAACAUCGACAACGUACACUUCGAGUCCUAGAACGACUCAAGCAAAAUGAUUUGUUCGUCAAACCGGAGAAAUGCACGUUCGACUCCCAAGAAGUUGAAUACUUUGGGAUGAUUAUACGUCCAGAUCAUAUUGGAAUGGACCUAAUCAAGUUGAAAGGGAUCCAGGACUGGCCAGAACCAACAACGGUGAAGGCCGUUCGCGCAUUCAUUAGUUUUGCGAACUUCUACAGGAAGUUCAUCGAUCAUUAUUCCAAAAUAGUAUGA